UUUUGUGCCCGAUGAGGGGGGUGGUUUGACACUGGGCCACCGGUCUAUGUGAACGUACACUAAUCGGAAAGGUAUGUCCUCUUGACUUCAAAUUACUGGUUGAAGGUACAUUAAAUUUGACUCAUUUCAAAACUGUCAAAUGGCAUCAAAAUCGAAAUCAAUGUGAGCAAAAUGAACAAAAUUACUGCAAAUAAUAUGUUUAAAUUAUCGUCGACUGUCAUAUACGGUCAAUUAUUCUCCCGUCCGGCGUUUUCCAUAGACAUUUUCCUAGCUAUCAUGUUUGGUGCAAUUCAAUGCCUUUUGAUUUAUGAAAUUACCACUUUGGAAUGGAGAACCAGUGCGAGAGUUGACUCUAUGAUGGAAGUCAAGCAGUCUUUUAAAGAUUAUCCUAAUCCUAUCGUGAAAAAAACCUCGGUAAAAAAAAAGAGCAUCUCAACCUGCACCAGCGAUCGUCCAAGUCCAGUGACUGUCGAAAAGAGUUCAGAACGCCAAAAGAAGCCGAUAGAAACCUGUUCAAGUGUUCGAUGUUACACGACUUUAUUCAAACCCGUACCCCAGAUACAUCACAGAUCAGAUAUACAUCACGGAUUGAGUCGAGCUAAGAGCAUAUCUCAUGUAAAAUUUGAUAAAGUUGAUAGGUUGCAGUAUUUGCUUUCUGUAUCCCCAAGCGAAUACGUCAGAAGAGAUAGAGAAUGGAUGCAAAAUAAAAAACAUAAACUUAUUACCUGUAUCCGAACGCUGGCUAAAGAUCUUGAACAAGCUGUUAGCGAAGAAAGUCUGAACACCCAAAAGAUGUAUAAAAAUGCUAUUCAAAACAGCAUCAAGACUUUGAAAAGAAACUUCGUAUCGCAACUGAAUUCGAGCUAUCGACUAGAUAAUUUUGCCUCUACAAAUUUCCAACCUUUAUUAGAACAAUACGGAGAUGGUUUGAGAAGCUCUCUAUCGAACGAUUUGAUAAUGGCAAUAUGUCAUAACUCCAACACGACAAAUGUUUCAAGAAGUUGUGGCGAUGGCGAUGAUGAAGAAACGACAUGCAAAUCUGAAUAUGACUAUGACAUGGAAAUCGUUAGUUCAACGUUGAGUUUUAGAUCCAGCGAAUCAUUCAUUGAAGUAUUAAAAAAACGAUCUCGUGAACUUUUUGUUAAUUUUAAUUACAAAUAAAAAAUAACAAGCUUACGUCAA